UGACCGCCCCUCCCCGCCCAGUCCUCCGCACUGUCCCAGCGCCGCGGCCGGCCGGGCGUCCUCCCUCAGUCCGGGAGCGACGCUGCGCCGAGCGGACAAGCACCCGAGAUGUGGAAGCUGAGCCGAAGUCGAGUGCUUCUGGACGAGCCCCCCGAGGAAGAGGACGUGCUGCGAGGGGCAUCGCCGGCAUCAGCAGCCGCUCCGGCGCCGGUGAGGACACGCGUGGGGGCGCAGGGGGCAAGCCUCAGAGGUUGGAAAGAAGCAACAUCUCUGUUUAAUAAAGAUGAUGAAGAACACCUGCUCGAGACUUCCAGAUCGUCCAAGUCCAAAGGAACUAACGUACGACUCAAAGAAGAGCUGAAGGCAGAGAAGAAAUCGGGAUUUUGGGAUGCCUUGGUCUUGAAACAGAAUGUUCAGCCUAAAAAGCCAGAUCAGAUGGAAGGUUGGGAGCCUCCCAAGCUCACUGCUGAAGAUGUGGCCGCCGACCAUACCGAGGACGGUAUAAGCAGCCUCCCGCCCUGGUCUGCCUGGGAGGACGAUACCAAGGGCUCUACCAAGUACACCAGCCUCGCCAGCUCAGCCAGCAGCUCCCGCUGGAGCCUCCGCUCAGCGGGGAAGCUGGUCAGCAUCAGGCGACAGAGCAAAGGCCACCUGACAGAGACCUGUGAGGAGGUGGAAUGAACUGAAGGGGCUUCACAGGGCACCACAUUGCUUUUACGGUCGGCCAAGCCCGCUGGCCGCCUCCUAGUGCACCAUUAAUUCCUUGAGCCCUCUCCUAGCCCAGGGAAGGAACCCACUGAGUUGCUUGUGUUUCGUGCUCAGUGACCCACACACACCAUAGCUUCCUGGUGACAUCUGGUCACCUUGCUGCAGAAACGUCCACCCGCUGGGUGCGUGUAUGCUGAACGGAUGUGUGCAUUGUAGACACUGUCCUGUGAGCCAGUCUCCUCUAGGGUUCAUGCCAGCCUCACUCACCUGAGUUUUUAGGACGUCCCCAUCUUGUCCCUGCAUGCGACAUGAGUGCCGCAGCUAACUGAACAUGGCCUCUGUGGCGCCCUCUCCCUUUGUCAGAAGUGACUCCCAAAGGUUACAGUAACUCAGUUUAACAACAGAUUCAUUUUUCCUUAUUAAGUUAAAAGCAAAGCAAAGUCUAGAUUCUGGAAGCAAGGUGGUCUGAGGUCGGGAGUCAGGGCAUCUUGAGGGGCGCAUCUGCCUAGGAGGAGUGGUCUGCAGUGUGGGCCUGGGGUGGCAGCUAGUUCUUUUAUGGAAUUUUAUUUUUACCUUUGAAGGUUUAAAUACAGAUCUUUAUUUUCUUCCAGAACGUGUUGAUUUUUAAACUUAAAGACGAAAGAAAUACUAGGAAUAAAUUUUGGUCACCCAAUAAUCUUUGCUCAGAAAACAUUAACUUGCUCACUGUAGAGUUAAACUGUAGAUAAAACACUGAAGUGCCUCGUUUCUAUUCUUCUCAGAUGAUUAGUUUUUCAAAAUGAGAAGCUUUUGUGACUGAUGUUAAAUCUAUAAGAAGUGUGUCUCCCCUACUCUGCCUCUCACACUGCUGACUGUCCUCGGCUGUGGUCCCUGUAUGGCUGUCUGCAGCGCACGUGUGUGUCUCUGCUCUCCAGUUAUAGGACUUGGACAGGGGAGCUGUGUUCCUCUCUGGUUUGGUUAAGAAUUAAAAGCCUCCCGUCAGUCACGCUGUCCUUGAGUCACCGCAGUGUGAGCACCGUGCUUUGUGUGCCCCGAUGUCCCACACAGUGAUCCGUGGUAGGGCUGAGUGGCCGGGUUUACUAGAUCCACCACCCAGCUAGCCAGCCACCCGUCCACCCGUCCACGCAUCAGUCUGUCCACCCAUAAACCGAGCUAUUAGUCUUGUAAAAAUAGAACAGUAAGUUUGCUUAAUGAGCUUUGAGAGGAGGGUUCGAAUAAAAAACGUUAACACCUGGAAGUUGUGGAAUUAUGGAGAUUCUGAUUCAUAGUGCAAAGUUGUCAUUUUUGCCAUAACAUGUGAGUUUGAAAGCAUUUAUCCUCAGGUAAAUGGUUGAGUGCAUGAGCUCUGACUCUCUUGUCUUCAAACCGAGGUAACCGCAGGCUAGGACAGAAGAGCAGGCCCAUGCUGACGCCCACAGCAGGAACCCACUGGUGUGUCUGGCUAACCACCUGUGGCGCAGGAAAACAGACGCAGCCUUGAGAAUGUAGGGAACGCGCUCUUGGACACAGCCUCUGUCUGUGUUCACUGGGCCUGCGCCGAGUGCCUGUAGCUCACUGUGCCCGUGUGCCUGAGACGCAGUGUUGCGUGUGACGCGGGGACCUUUACCCCGUCCGUCACCUCUCAGGAGGUGAAAAUGCACUGUAAACCAGAAAGAGUAAUUAAAAAUGAUUUUUCCUUCUGUUGUAUCAGAUUAAAAUAUCGUGUGUUUGAGACCUUUAGCGUGUAUAUUUAUUGGUGUGCUUCCAGGAGAACAUCUCCUCAAAGGCUUCACAUGAACGUGCUCUGCUCAGAUGCAGUUCGCGAUGUCGCCGUGAUUCUGGGGCCGGCAGAGGGGACCCAAUGUCUGUACCUAGAACUCUGUUCUGUGCUUUUCCGGGAGGGGCAGAGUCCUCCUUAAAGCUAAGGAUUAAAGAAAAUAAAAGAA